UUCGUACCAGUCAGACGUUGUUCAACCUUCGCAGCGAUUGGACGCAAUUCGGGGAUUACUGACCAGCAUCCGAUGGUUGGAAAGCUUCCCGAGCCUUCGGUUACACAAGCGCUAGCUAGAGUGCGAAUAUAAGGGAUUUCCUCUCGGUCAAAUGGAUAACGGCUCGAUUUUGUGCACAGAUUAGUGGGAACAAAGAGUGAAGAAAUCAUCAUAUAAACCAGCCAGUUCGGCCUUCCUAGACGGCAGUGGGGGAAAAAACAGGAAUAGGAGGCAAGAAGAUGCUGGCGAAGCAUUGUCUGUAGAGUACCCGUUGCAUGUAGAUGACACAUGAUGCUUGGUUUAUAGUGCGAUCGCUAGAGCAUAAUGCAUGUUACAAGUGUAUAUGUACAAGUGAAGAAUGGAAACAAUUGUCAGUGAACAAGUUUGUUUUUUUUUAUGAUUUAUUGUUCAACGCCCGGAAGCUGCCAGUGUCGUCGCCAAAUAGUGCAUCGCUGCAUAGUUGGUGUUGUUGACUCAGUUGCGAAUGUCGUUAGAAAACUGAACCAGUUGGGAGUUUAUUUUUCUGUUGCUCUGCUGAUUCUGUCGUGGUUUAUGUAGGUGACGCAGAACAGUGUUCCGUAGAAAACGGGUACGCCCUCUUGAUCCUAUGGCUGCCUCUUGAGAAUUGCGAAAACGGAACUGUUAGUUGUUAGAACUGUUGUUUUUAUCAGGAAUGGUACAUUAGUGCUCGGUUCACCUCGCUUAAUACAGAGAAGUGAGCAACGACAUAAGUUCCGUUGAUGUUCUGUGCACUGCCGGCUAACGAAACCGAAAACGAGUGUUGGUGAUUUUUUUGACAGGAUAACUGUAACAGUGGUAAUCAAGGGUGAUAGCGCAACCAGUCGCAAAAUUGCGUUGGUUUGAUAGAUUAGGAAUAAUUGGGAAAAUUAUUAUUUCUCAAAGAUGUUUGCUAUGCAGUGGUGAUACCCAGGGACAUCGAGAGAAAACUCGUUCCGGGAAGACUAUAAUAUUACGAGCCCCCAUCCAUGAGAAGUUCCUUAAAAAUGUUUGAGGACAUAGGAAUAUUGUCGAAUAGAGAAUUAUCAAACACUUCAACUUAACAAAAUAUUUCUCAUGUCAGGAAAAGGAAUCAUUUCUUCUGCGUGAAACAUUCUGGAAUGCACCAUCGGAAACAAUUGGAUUCAGUUUGAGAUAAAGGAUCUUGCGGAAAAAAAUUACCAACAAAUACGCUUACAUUUUUUACCACGUUUGUCCAGUCGACUGGAAUGAACCAUUUUAUCGCAAAUAUUCAAUCGGAAGCCAAAACGAUCAUUAAUCAUUUCUGAUUGAAAGUAAAUAACGGCAAUAAUAUCAAGGUCCUCAGGCAGAAGCCCAGCGGUUUUGUGCUGGAAGCCACGUCAUCAUUAUUCGAAAGCAUUUUCCGGAUUUUGUCGAUGACACAGCGAAGAUCAUGAUUUGAUUACCGAUUGCGGUUUGAUUCCUUCUAAAUUCAGCAAUGUCAGUUUUGUAUUCGUGUUUGCGUACUUGAGUGUGUGGGUGGCAAUAGUUGAAAUGUGUGACUUAUCAGCAUUCAACAGUUUUGGCAGGAAGAGCAUGCCAAGAAGCUUCCAGGGCGGGAUGAUACAGCAAAUCGUGAAAUUGACUAUAAAUUGUCGGAACGAACUUGUUCACCAAUAAAACCUAGGCUUUGCGGCUGUGAAGAAACACGGUGACGGUGGCCGAUACGUUUUGCGGUUUCUUUCCAGAUAAUGAACCCGAAUAAUUGGUUUUAUUAGAGUUGCCAAGGAGAACCCAGCUAGAUAAGAGGAAUAGUGUCGUUAGACUACCGGUGCUGGAAGCUGCGAAAACCACGUUCGGUCGUGUGUUUGGACGGGAAAAACAUGUUAUGCCAUUAUCACCUGCUUGUAUGCUUAUCCUGCUUUGUGGUUAAUUGUUGGGGUUCUACUUCCGAGUAUUUAAUCAUUCGUCAUGGUCGGUCACGGGUACGUCAUUCAAGCGAGAAAGAUCACAUCCGGUGGGGUCUGCAAGUGUUUGAUAAUUUCACUCUUCUGGACUAUGACACCGUGGAUGAUUCGAAUGAAACCACCAACAUUGUUAGCAACACCGUUUCCGGUUCGAAAGCACACAAUGGAGUUGAAAAGGUAGGCCACCUGAAUUCCUUUUCCGAGACUGGAAAUAGUUCCGAUACGCUAACGAUCCAGUUCAGUGAGUCGGAAGAGUUAGAUCGAAUGAUUGACAUCAGUGACUUCGAUAGCAUCUCCAUUGGGACUAGGAAUAUGGGCCUGCGACAGCCAAAUGUCAACAGUUUGGAAAACAAUCACAUCCUGAGCACAUCCCCGGUUGCCGCCCUGGAUUUAAUUCAAUCGUCUGCUAGAUUGACACCUGCUUUGACGUCCAUGGCGGCAGCGUCAACAAAAGGUAUCCAACAGCAGCCCAAGCUUAUCAAAAAGGAAAUAAUGGAAAACAUAAGAAAAACGGUCGACAAAGGACUGGAAUAUCUCAAAUAUCACAAGAAUUUGGAUGAGGUUAAGAUAGAGCUGAAACCGUUUCGCUCACACGUGGCUGGGGGUGGCAUCGAUGACAGGCCCGAACACACUUUAGCAAGAAAUUCUAUUGAUGCUAACACAAUAUUGGGAAAAGUUAUUCCCAGUCACGAACAACACGAAACAAGGCCAGUAGAAGGCAAACGAAAAGAUUACACACCAGUGUCACCACCUUUUCUUGCUCUAUCCACAACAACGGAUGCCGCAAGAAAACUACACUUUUUCCCCUUUUCCGCCGGGGAUAAGCAUUGGAAUAGUGUUAAGAUACAUAAUACUGGUAGUUUUUCGAUUCCGUCAGCAGAAGCUGCCAACCGGAAUCUUUUUACUGCGGUAAGGGCGGAUACUGCUAUCGGACUGGAUAGUAUAGACUAUGCCAAUGAUUUUCCGCUGACUGGUGCGAGUGAUUUCGCUUCUAAAAACUCUGCUGAUGAACUAAAUAGCCAGCGGGUGCAUAGCGACAAAAAAAAUUAUCCAAUUAAUCCAGCAGAAUUGAAUCCGGGAAACAGUAUAGAGAUGAAAUUUAAUUAUGCCCAGCGAAAAGCAAAACCGUUCGAGCCACAUUCCUCGGUGACCUUUCCGGAAAAUGACCAUGACAACGACGAUGAGGAUGAGGAAGACGACGGAGAAAAUGGAAAAGAGGUGAUAAAUAUUCUCAACGAUGCGCCAACAAUGAGCUUCGAGCCAAGUGAGGUGGACGUUUCAUCCACAAUGAUUUUCAAUGGUGACCCGGAACUAGACGGUCCACCAGUUUGGGUGUCCGAUGCGGAAGAUUCGAAGGUAGAUGAUGUAAUCAAUUACCGACCAUCGGAAGCAAACGAGAUUUUUCGGCUAGAGGAUAUUGACUUAAGCGAAUUGGACGAAACCAGCCGGAACAAUCGGAGAAAUUUAAUGAAAGGCCGCGAUGUGGUGACACAAUUUCUACAAAUCGUUGAAAGUCAACAUCUACUAGGCUCCAACUGUACGGCAGGAACCGCACUCAAUCUCGGUGAAGGUGUAGUAGACCGCUAUGCCCAGGACAGGUUCAGAGUAGAAGCGGAAAUUGCCGUCAACAGAGCAAACAUGCUGACUCGAAUCUUCAAAUUUGCCGCUCCCGAAGUCCAAGCAUCGGAGCAUCUUCUACACGCAUCCGUCCUGUCGAUGGUAGAGUUUGACGAUGACAUCUUUGCCGCCGGAAAUUGCUUCGACCUGAACCAGCAUCCUGCGAAGAAGGGGUUGUUCUGUCCUUUCGCUUACCGGUUGCCAACACCCGAUCAGGGAGCCUCCCUAGCGAAGGAUUUGGCAGCAGAGUAUCAUUAUUUAGGCAACACGUCGGAGUGGUUUUUCCUUGCUCGAAAGAAUGCCGAGAAGGUCAUAUCCAGGAACGAGCAGUAUAUCAAAUCAUUCCACAUCUACUCGAACAACUUGGUUCGCCAAGCGGAUGAGAUCUUGUCGGUAAAAUACGAGGACGGCCGUUGGUCCAAGCCGUACUACGACUGCGGAGGAGGCAACAUCUGGAUGCUGACGUACACGGUGCCAUUCUUCGGCUUCGAGAACGGAACGUACUUUUUCAAGGGAACAUCUGGUAUCGACAUCGAUUUGCGGCGUGUGGAUAUUGACCAAUGUCCGCAGAGAAGUUCACCAGCCGGAUCUCAACAGCCACUUAACAUCUUUGCUGGAACGGACAAAUGUAAACAGCGAACUACAGAGUGUACUCCCAUUCCUGGACUGGGCUUCCGCCGUGGAUCCUAUCGGUGCGUGUGCCGGAAGGGGUUCUACUUUCCGGAUACCAGCCUUGAGCAGAAAUGGUUCAACGGAACGACACUCGAGGAGGAGUAUGAAAAAUUAAUGCUGAACGAAUUCAGCAGCUACAAUGGUCCGGCAUCGUAUGAAUGUCUUCCGUGUGCCGAAGGUUGCGAUGCUUGCAUAGAUGCCUCGCCGUGUGUGGCUGCUCUGAACUGGACAAUGCGCACUGGAAUUCUGGUGCUUGCCUGCACCGUCAUCGGACUGCUUCCCCCGGCAGCAUUGUUUACUUUUCGCUAUCAACAAGUUAAGGUUGUGCGUGCUGCAAGUCCUGCAUUGCUUCGGGUCAUUGCCCUUGGAGCAUUUUGUAUAUAUUGCACGUCUAUAGUAAUGUAUCCACCUCCAUCGCUUUACACAUGCACUGCCCGAAUCUGGUUGCGUGAAAUCGGGUUUUCGCUCACAUAUGGUGCCCUAAUGCUGAAAACAUGGAGGAUAUCUGUCAUCUUUCGCGUGCGUUCAGCGAAAGCAGUCAAAAUCACUGAUGCAUAUCUACUCAAACGCCUGGGAGUUCUGUGCGGUUUCGUGGGAAUCGCAUUGCUGGUGAGGACUUUAGUGGCACCACCCGUGGUAAUUGUCGGUCGCACGGCGGACAAUCUGAAGGCCUUUCUCUGUAAGACCGACUGGUGGGAUCACACUUUCACAUCCAUGGAAGUGUUGUUCCUGGCGUGGGGCGUCCGACUGUGCAUCAUGGUACGAAAGGCUCCAUCCGAGUUUAACGAAAGCCGAUUCAUUUCGAUGGCUAUCUACAAUGAAUUUCUUCUGACAUGCUUCCUCAACGUAUCCAUGCUAUUUCUGCAAUCGCCAGCUAAUCCAGAUUUAUUGUACAUCAUAUUUUUCUGCCACACACAGCUAACUGUCACCCUUUUGUUGGGGCUGAUUUUCGGCAGCAAGGUUUACCUCGUCUUCAGGGGCGGUGGAAAGCACCAGGACGACUCGACCGGUCUCGGAAUCAAGCCAUCUGGUGCAAAAUUCAUUAGCCGCUCCCACGGCCGAACGUUCGCAAAUGCCAGCAGCGUGACGACGUCGACCGCACAACUGGGUGGUAUUAUGGUUAACGAAGGCCGCUUGACGGAGGAGGAAGCCAUUGAUGAGAUCAAGGAGCUGCACAAUCAGUUGCAGCGCUUAUAUGAUCGGGUUCCUCAACGAGGUGUAGCAAUCAUUACGAUCGCCUGUUUGAUGGAAACGUGUAAGAGUUCGUCGUUGAAACCCCCACCGCCACCGGGAGUGAAGGCAAUCAUGACAGCACCCGACAGUAAACUUACAAAAGUGGUAGACAAAGGAAUCAAUACUGAUACGCUUAUGAACGGGAACUACGGUAGCAGCCCAUGGCAGGAGUCCGACACGCGUAUCAUGAUCACUGACGACUCCUAUCACAACGAUCGAUCGAAAGACAAUAGUAAAUUUAGCUUGGACAUUCUUCAACUUAAAUGCAUGUGUAGUGAUGAUGACGUUGGUGAGAGAAGAGAGGCAAGCGAGUGUCAUAGUGAAGCGGUUGUGUGUUCCUGUAACAAAAUCGGAUGUAGUAUUAAGCAUGCUGAUUGCUGUGAUAGUGUUCGAGAGCACACGAAGCCAGUUCUAGCGAAACAAAUAUCCGAACAUACGUUGACCAAUAGAACUUGUAGCGACGGAGAAAGCCGUAACUACAUCGACAACCAGUCAGAAGAAAAGUGUAUUAGUGGUAGCAGAACUAGGCUCGGUGAACUAAGUGUAAAAAAUUACGAAUCAUGUGAUAACCUGUUGCAUCAACAGCAAAAACAGAGACACAUAUUGACGAUGUGUGACGAUAGUAUAGCUAAUCAUUGUAAUCAGCGGCCAAAUUCUGGUGAGUGUGGUCUAAUGGCAACUGCUUCUUCCCGUAGUGUGGAUGAAAGCAAUUUUAGGAAUCUCAACUUGGAGAACUUUAAUAAAUUGUACGCUAGUCACAAUAACAAGAUAGAUAGCUUAAAAGAAAAUUUUCUUAUGCGAACAGCACUGACUACUGCUCUGAGCAAUCUGGAAAAUGAAAAUCGAUUACGCAGCAAUCGAAUAAGUGCGACGUCGAUACAAUUUCAGCCAAUAGUUGAUCAAAUGCGGCCACUCAAUCCAUGUAGCAGUACCACAAUGGUAACUAGUACAAUAACUACGGCCGGUGCAGUCUGUUCCGGUUCCGGUAACAACAACUGCAACACCCCAACGCCAUCGUGCAGUUCAUCCGGGACACCGACAACUAUCGCAACAUCCUCAACAAGUGCGAUGGCACCUGUACAAACUGACACGGAUCUGGAGGCCAACGUGUCUGGUUCGUUGGCUACCGGCGGCCAACAUACAGGAAAAAAGAAAAAAUCACCGGAGAAAAGGUUGGUUAUCGAUCUAAACGACAGGUCGAAGUACACGGAAGAGGUAUCCGUUUGAGAUUGAUAGAAUUAUUUAAUGGGAUUUUCCUAAGCCAAUUGUGAUUCACUAUCAAAAUGCGAAAAAAUUCGUCCACCGAGGCGGAAAGUUUUCGAACCUAAUCAAAUCGCUUGUAAACUUAUUAAAAACAAAUCUCUAUACUUCAUAGGUUCGACCAAAACUGUUGUAUUUUCAAAGAUUAUUCAAACUUUUAUUAAUUGUAUAAGACAGCAAACCUACCAACUAAAGGCCGUUCAUAAUGGUAAGAAAAUUCAAGCAAGUUUCUUUAAGAAAAAUUCUCGACUGGCACGGAAAUAUUGCAAGUAGUAGAUAAAUGUUGCCUCCUUGCCGGUUCUACACCGUAUUACAAUUCUUCCGUCUAGUGCUGAUGUAACAUAUGGACGGAUUCUCACAAAUCAAUCUCACAUUCGUCGGUUUCAAUCGUACAUUCCUAACAUCAAACAUAAAUGAAAUGAAAUUCAGUUGGCCCAUUUUUAUGUACCGAUUUUAAUAAUGUUUUUUUUUGUAUCGGUCGCACGCUACGCAUCGUUAUCGUAAAACAAGAUCAUGCCGUUGUCCAAAUUGUGGAUAUCUGAAGAUUCAGCGAAUAAAAAAAUAAGCUAAAUCGGCAUCGAACCCUGAGCAGUCGUAAAAUGGUGAAACGUUUUCCAACGAUAGACCGUGUGUUCAUUUUAUGUUACUUAUUCAAAGUCUACUCACGUCGUUCGGAUGAAA